AUGAAAUCUGCUCAUUGGAGGGACAAUACAAAGAGAAGUCGGUACCCACCUUGUUCUUCGGCUGUUCGACAAUCAGUCGGAGAUGGAUUUCAAACAGAGGCUUCAAAAGCCUUUGGUGAUUUUUUCCUUCGAGGUCAUCUGGAAGAGCCGAUGCCCAAUAACGCACGAGACUUCUCUGUCUCUGAAGAAUUUCAACUCGAAUCUGAAGUUUUGAUGAGGAGAAAAGAGGAAAAAGCAGCUUUUCGAAAGUUGGAUCGCAGGAUUUUACCACUCUUGUCGCUUUUUACUUUUUGUCUAUAUCUCGACCCCAAGAACAUGUUAGACCUGCGGACGCUGGAUUCUACGGGGUUACAAACAUCUUUGAAUUUGUCAGAUGAGCAAUACCUUCUGAGCAUGACGGCAAAACAUCUAGGAUGUAUAGCCACUGCUCUUCCAUGGAACCUUGUGCUGGGUAGACUUGGUGGAGGUACCCAACUACCAUUACUUUUGAUGGCCUGGGGAGGCAUUACUUUGUCACAUGCAUUCUUGGAUAGAGGAUUCGGUAGUCUAUUGGCUGCUCGAAUCUUCCUUGGCAUUGUUGAAGGUGGUAUCUUACCGGGCUUGAUACUAUAUUUGGCCACCUUUUAUACUAGCUACAGUUGCGCAUAG